GCAUUGGACAGAGUGAGCUGAGAAUGGGAGUGGGAGUUUUUGACAGUUGGAUUGAGGCUGAUGUGGAUCAGCGCUUACUGCCGACACUAAGUACUUAGCCUGUUCGCUAUCUACUGCCGAGAGUGUUUGAGGAGGAGGAGAAAGAUUGAAUUAUCGCGCUGACGCUAGAAGAAGCGCACGAUAAACAGAAAUGCGCCUCACCCUCGGUAGUGGAUCAACAGUAUCUCAGGGCUGCUGGUAUACAGGCCGAAAAGCAAAAGGAGGUCGUAACCGCACACUGAGAUCCCGAUCCCGAUCUCGAUUGCUCCAAGCUCUGGUCCUUGAUGUGUCUCUUUGGAAUGUCGUUCGGGGCACUUCACCCGGUGUCUUGGAAGAAGUCUUUGCGGCACUUGGGUCGGAGGAAGCGGCGAUCUAUGACUCGGGACACUUACGAGGUUUCCUCCUACUGGAUUCAUUUCCUGUGAGCUCGAUUGAACGUAGCCACUGCUCCUUCCAUGCUCGAGUGCCUGCCAGCUCCAGUGAGCUACUUUCCUUCUGUUCGGUUCGGAUUCUGAUCUUCUUAACCAUCUACCUCUCUUAGCAACAAUCCAUCAAUUCGUUCUUUGCAGCCUCUAUUGUUCCCAAUUUUAAACUAUCAUUAUCAUUCCCACGCCGAUCAUCUCCAAUAAUCUCCUGCCAAAACAUCUUCCACGUAUUACGGGCUUCUGACUGACAGAAGGUGCAAUGGAUGACGAUGAAGUGCG